AUGGGCGAGCUGCGGGACACAGGAGGUGCGUGGGGACCCACGGAGGCUGUGGGGACAUGGAGGCGCUGGCUGCGCGGGAAGGCGGCGGCCAGCGCCGACCCGCGGCCGCCGGGAGCCGGUACCGGCUCCCGGCGGCCGCGGGUCGGCGCUGGCCGCCGCCUUCCCGCCCUUCCGCCUCCCCUCAGCAGCGGUGCGGGGAUGCAUGGCGGCGCGGCUGGCAGCGACCCCCGAUCGGGUCCCCCUAAACGCUUCCCGGUGGCAGCGGUGGAUGAUAUCCUGAAGGAUGUGCUGGGAAGCUACCUGAGGGAGCAGAGCUACGAGCCGGCUCAGUGCAGGGACAUGACGAAGGUCAUGGCUGAGGUUAUUAAAGCUCGGGUAAAAGAGCUUAUGAUACCGAGGUACAAGAUUGUUGUGGUUAUACAUAUCGGGCAGCUGAACGAGCAGAGCAUGCAAAUUGGAAGCAGGUGCCUGUGGGAUCCGGAGAGUGACACAUUUUCGUCGUAGGACCUCGCAUAGACUUUACGGGAAGCAGGUGGAACAGGACAUGAUCCGUGGCUGCUGCCCCGCUCAGGCCAGUGCUGACCAGUCACAGGUCUCCACUGCAGCCGCUGCCCUGCCGUGGUGGGCUCUGACCCACGGGCCUCACGGCGUGAGGCCAUCUGCACUGCAUUGGUCGUGUUCUGGUUCUGGAGGCAGACUUUUUGCUGCCCGUAUUUCACAGCUGAAACCUGCUGUUGGAUUUUCAUAAGUAAGAGAACAAGCAUAUGAUAAAUUGCUUUUUUUAUUACAUUUUAUGUGCAAAGCUGAAACUAGAAUAUAGUUAGAUGGGAAGAAAUAUUUGUACUCAUGACUAAGAGUUUAACUCUAAACCACUGUAAACACUUUGUGGAACCCGGACAACCCAACCUGAACAGUCAUUGAAGCCGUUUCCCGGUUCACACUGUAAGAUUUUAACAUCCAACCUUUACUCCCUACUGUCCUCCUAAGAAUAAAGCUACAAUUAAA